GUAAAGUGUUGGAAAGGUAGUAUACCGAAGGCAUGUAGGCCUUCGGUAAUUUCAGCUAUGGGUUAUGAAUUAGAAAUUUGGGUUUCUUUUCUCCAAAUUUCCCAAUUUCAGAAUUCCCUCGUCUCCCCUUCCCUCGUCUCCCCAAUUUUAGACUAUCUAGUUCAAUCCACUGCUAGUUUUUCACCUUUCUUCGUCUCUACUCGCUCCGAUUUCACUCGCCUCACUCGUUUCCCCUGCCGCGUCACCUUCCGCCGCGGCCUCGUCGUCUCCUCCUGCUUCAACUCCUCCAAGUCCCCUGGUGCCGGAGGGUUCAUCUCGCCGAACAACAGCGGCGAAGUCUCCUACGAAAUGCACCACGACUUCUCACCACAGCGCCGCCGCAGCGGCUCGCCGAUGUUCGUCACGCUGCCGGUGAAUUCCGUCAGCCGGGAGGGCGGCCGAGGCUUGAGGCCCAAGGAGAUAAUGUUCUCGCUCAAGGCGCUCGCCACGGCCGACGUCGAAGGUGUCGUGGUCGAGAUUUGGUGGGUCUUGGUUGAGAAGAACAAACCUAGGGUUUACGACUGGAUUCCGCUUCCUCUAUGGGUGCUUGAUGAGAUAAAGAAAGAUGUCGAGUUAGCAUAUUGUGACCGGUUUGGAAGAAGAAAUAUUGAAUACAUUUCCCUUGGAUGUGAUAUUCAAGUGUAUGCUGAUUUUAUGAGGGAUUUUAGGGACACUUUCAGGUCUUUGCUUGGUGUUAUCAUCACAGGUGUACAGAUUGGCAUGGGACUUGAUGGUGAACUAAGAUAUCCUUCCUUCUCUCCACAAGAGACGAAUUUGGCAUGGUCUCAAGAACUUGGAGAAAAGGAUGAGAUGGCUGAACCUUUGGCCUUUUGGCACGCAUCAGAACAUGUUCAUAUGUCAAAUGUUGUGACUGUAGGUAAAUUCCAAGGAGGUAGUGCAUUCAAUAUCAUUCCAGAUNCNGUCACUAUCGGUGGCACCUUCCGAGCUUUUUCAAAAGAAAGCUUCNAGCAAUUAAGACANCGAAUCGAGCAGGUUGUUAUUGCACAAGCUGCUAUGCAGAGGUGCAAUGCAAUAGUGAACUUCCUUCAGGAACAAAAUCCUUUCUUUCUCAUAACCAUAAACGAUGGUGACUUGCAUGAACAUUUUCGGAGUGUUGCAGGGAAUUUGCUUGGCGUGAAUAAAGUAAAUAACAUGCAACCAUUGAUGGGAGCUGAAGACUUUUCAUUCUAUCAAGAGGUCAUACCUGGCUACUUUUUCAUGGUUGGAAUGCAGAAUGCCUCACAUGAAAAACUUGAGCAGGUACACUCACCCUACUUCAAAGUCAAUGAAGAUGUUCUUCCUUAUAGAGCCGCACUUCAUGCCUCAUUAGCUGUUAGUUAUCUUCUGAAACAUCCACAGGACAUAGCCCCUGCAGAGGGGAAAUAUCGCGAUGAAUUGUAACAGAACUUAACUUUUUGUUGGAAAAAAAUGACUGUUAGUAGUCACUAAAAUAAUAACAAUAUAUAUUUUGUUUCUUGUAGCAAUGACAUUAUGAACUGGUUUGCAUUUAAAUUUUUAUUAAA